GCGCCACUUCUAAAUGACAGUGGAAUUUACUGACUGGUGAGAAGUUGCGUGAGAACACCAACGCAGGAAACGAAUCAAUAAAAUACGCAUAAUUUAGCUAGCUACAACAUUUAUUUAUAUCUGCCAAAAAAAGCAACAAUGAUGAACGGAGAGAUUAACGGUUUUCACAACUCCCUUAUCGACGAGGACUGCUUCCUAUUCACCUCGGAGUCAGUAGGAGAAGGACACCCUGAUAAGAUUUGUGACCAGAUCAGUGAUGCUGUGCUUGACGCCCAUCUCAAGCAGGAUCCUGAUGCUAAAGUUGCUUGUGAGACUGUUGCUAAGACUGGGAUGAUCCUGCUGGCAGGUGAGGUGACAUCGCUUGCUACAGUGGACUAUCAGAAGGUGGUUCGCGACACCAUCCGCCACAUUGGAUAUGAUGACUCCUCUAAAGGUUUUGACUAUAAGACCUGCAAUGUGCUGGUGGCCCUAGAGCAACAAUCUCCAGACAUUGCCCAAGGUGUUCACAUUGACCGCAAUGAGGAGGAUGUUGGGGCAGGGGACCAGGGCCUGAUGUUUGGCUAUGCCACUGAUGAGACGGAGGAGUGCAUGCCCCUCACCAUUAUGCUUGCCCACAAGCUCAACGCUAAGAUGGCUGAACUGCGUCGCAACGGCACCCUGCCCUGGCUCCGGCCUGACUCAAAGACCCAGGUGACCGUUCAGUACCGCCAAGACCGUGGCGCCAUGUUGCCGGUGCGUGUCCACACCAUUGUGGUCUCCGUGCAGCAUGAUGAGCACAUCUGCUUGGAUGAGAUGCGUGACGCUCUCAAGGAGAAGAUUGUCAAGGCUGUGGUGCCCUGCAUUUACCUGGAUGAUGACACCAUUUACCACAUGCAGCCCAGCGGGCGCUUCGUCAUCGGAGGCCCACAGGGUGACGCUGGCCUGACGGGCCGUAAGAUCAUUGUUGAUACUUAUGGAGGCUGGGGUGCCCAUGGUGGAGGAGCCUUCUCAGGGAAGGACUACACUAAGGUGGACCGCUCUGCUGCCUAUGCUGCCCGCUGGGUGGCCAAGUCUCUGGUGAAGGCUGAGCUGUGCAAGCGGGUCCUUGUCCAGGUUGCCUAUGCCAUCGGAGUAGCCCAUCCCCUCUCAAUCUCCAUAUUCCACUAUGGCACAUCUCAGAAGAGUGAGCGGGAGCUACUGGACAUCGUCAAGAGAAACUUUGACCUUCGUCCUGGUGUCAUUGUCAGGGAGCUGGAGCUGAAGAAGCCUAUGUAUCAGAGGACCGCUGCCUACGGCCACUUUGGCCGUGACUCCUUCCCAUGGGAGAUGCCCAAAAAGCUAAAAUACUAAACUUGUGAAGCCUUUUCCCCCUAGGCCUGUUGGUGUAUACUACAGAGAAGCUUACACGGUCUUGGGGGUGAAAGGCCCUCAACUCUCUUCCCUGUUAAUGGGGUAUUAGAACCCUACCCCCUUUCUACUUCCUCUCUCCAGUCAUCUGUACUGUAUUUUUUUCUGUUAGUAGUCAAUGUAAUGCUACCAACAUUCUCAAAAUAUUUCAGGAAAGUAAUGUUGAGAGGAUAAUGUUAGGUAGCUAAUCUCUUCCACCAGCCGUCUCGCUCUGACUCAUCUGGUUUCACAGCGCAUCAGAAAGGGACUUGAAUGGAGGCUAUGGCAGAUGCAAACAACUUCUGAUUCUAAUUUGCUGAUCUGUCUACCUAGAACACAACACUUAGAACCUCUUUCCCCCUACAUUGUGGACUUUUAGGGUUUUACGACUACAAUAUUGAAUAUGAUUGACGGCUGUCGUUGGUGAUAUUGUGACGUGACCGUGGACUAGCCUAUUUCAACUUGACUGGCAUCACGCUGUAAAGAGCUGGCCAGGCAAGGACAUGCCAAGUGGCCUAUUCCUUUGCUCUAGCCUGCAUAACCCAUUUCAAUAAAUGUAAUAAGCAACUUACUGAAUGCAAGAGCAUAAUUUAGACGAGGCUAAGAUUUUCUUGCUUGGCUACCCAAACUCCUUGCUCAGGCCAAACACUACGCCACAGACGUAGUUUCUUCCCCGCACGGAGUUUGGAUACCUCACCGAUUUCUAGAACGCAUUCUAACGGGAAGGUAGCUGGAUUAAAUCCCUGUGCUGGCAAAGUAAAAAUCUGUUCUGCCCCUGAGCAAGGCAGUUAACACACUGUUCCCCGGGCACAUCAACUUGGAUGUCGAUUAAGCCCCGCAAUUCUCCGAUUUUGGUUAAAUGCGGAGGAAUCUUCAGUUGUAAAACUGACUAGGUAUCCCACUUUCCUUUAAUUGGUCCCAGAAGCCAAUGGGUUGGUCCAGAGCCAGAACACCUGGGUAACAUUUAAUUUGAUAUUCUGAUUUGGUUAGGGAUGAUCUCAUCACUGACUUUGUUUUGUACAACACCCCUAUUUUUAAUUUUAUUUUUAGGAAUUUUACCCCCUUUUUCUCACCAAUUUUGUGGUAUCCAAUUGUUAGUAGUUAAUAUCUUGUCUCAUCGCUACAACUCUCAUACGGGCUCGGAGAGACUAAGGUCGAGAGCCAUGCGUCCUCCGAAACACAACCCAACCAAGCCGUACUGCUUAACACAGCGCGCAUCCAACCCGGAAGCCAGAAGCACCAAUGUGUCGGAGGGAACACUGCACCUGGCGACCUGGUCAGCGUGCACUGCGCCCUGCCUGCCACAGGAGUCGCUAAUGCGAGAUGAGACGAGGACAUCCCUGCCAAACCGUCCCUAACCCGGACGACGCUGGGCCAAUUGUGCAUCGCCCCAUGGACCUCACGGACGCAGCCAGCUGCGACAGAGCCUGGGCUCGGACCCAGAGUCUCUGAUGGCACAGCUAGCAGUGCCUUAGACCACUGCGCCACCCGGGAGGCCUCAACACUCUAUUUUGAGGUCACCAAAAACCUAACGUUAAUUUGAUAUUUUCUCUACAUUUCAUAUGAAUUCAGUUUUUAUGCGAGCUGGUUUUCUCCCGCUACUACUUCAAUUUAUUUAACGGUGCUCAAGGCUCUCAACGGUGAGUUUUUUUUUUUGAAUUACCUAAACAUGAUUGGUGCAAGGUAAUGAGGUAGAACAAACGAUAGUAAAAUUAAACUGUAGUUUUGAACAUGCCUUAGUUGCGAAGCUUGCCUUUGCAGGCCAUUUGAAUUAGUAUGCUUAUCAAAAGCAUUAAGACAAGUUAGUUAUGAAGCGUAUUUCUCAUAGGCUAUUCUAAUAGUGUUUAAUGUUUUAAAAUUGCAGCUUUCAAAUGGGAACAAUUGUUAAAGUCAGUCUAUAGAUUCUCUAUCCACCUUGGGAUGACAGGUAGCCUAGUGGUUAGAGCGUUAGGCCUGUAACCGGAUGUUGCUAGAUUGAAUCCCAGAGCUGACCAGGUAAAAAAUCUCAUUCUGCCCCUGAACAAGGCAGUUAAUCCACUAUUCCUAGGCUUUAAUUGUAAAGAAGAAUUUGUUCAUAACCGACUUGCCUAGUUAAAUAAAUAAAAAUAUCACAGCUUUAUUUUGAUCUAAUACAGCUGUAGCAGUCUCGCUCCCUUUACUGCCUCGAUUUCUAAGCUACACCCCAUUCAAGUCCCACUUUGUUGUACAGUGUUACUAGGCUCUUUAUGCGGUUAGCCAAGUCUUCCUCUUCCAUUGGUCUUUCACACUACAACGCCUAGCCCCUGCCCAGCAUGACUGAGGAACUGUAAAUUCUGUAGUUUGGUUAUUUGGGCUUAGCUGUCCUUAUACAUAACUUUAGAAUAUUUUGCUUCUGUUAAGUCUGACUUACCAAGGCUACAUGUUGCGACCAUAUUAAUUUACUGGUGCUACUGAAGGCCCCCUGCCCCUUAAUCGUUUCCCUUUGGUUGACACUACUUUCUGGUUUUGUCACCCACCCCAAAUCCUUUUUGAAGCUUUAUUUCACUCCCCUUAUUUGUUGAGGAUGCAAGAAUGGAACAGUUAAGGGUCAGUAGUUGUUGCUAUUUUCAAAGAAAUGCUAUGCGUUGCAGGCUGAGAACUGAGACAAUCUUGAUUUAUUUUCAAGUAACUUUCUUGAAUAAUACGCAGUAAAAUCUGGGAUGCCCCUGCAGAUGUCUGUGCUGUUCUGAUGUAAUACAGAAAAGUCAGAAGCUGCUAUGUCACUGCUAUGGCCUGUAGGGGUGUUGCUUAUACUUGAUUGUUUAAAACAUGUUGUCAUUGGCAUGUCAUGUUAAACUCCUUCAAAAGGUAGUUUAAAUUCAUAUUUUUUUGUUUUUUUUACAAAAUGGUUUGUCAAGGCUCUUCCUUGGGUAUUGAUGGCAGGUGUAGCUACAGAGAAACCACUAUCUUUAUCCUGAAGGAAGGCUGUCUUUGCCACAAUGAAGAGCUCUUAAUACUAGCACAACAUGUUUAAAAAAAAUAAUAUUUAUUUGUUCUCUGAAUCUUGGUGUGGAUACAGAGAAGCCAAUGAUUCAGAAGGCAGCUUAAACCCCAGAGGGUUUUUAUUUUUUAUCACAUUGACUUUACUGAAUGCUGUAACAUUUUCAAUGGUUCCAAAGUGUCCUACAGAAAAGCUUUGGUCUGCCUCCACGGAACUGUCACUAGCUGAUGUGAUGAGUAUUUUGGACUGCGGUUGUAUGGAGUGAGAUUGUAUUGACUACAUGUGUGGUCAAUACAAUGAGGCCAUUCUUAGCCCCCCCUUAUCCUUGCAUAAAGAGAUGGCAAUGUUUGGCUGGUGUGGUACAGAGAAACCAGCCUCGUUUACAAGCUGUCACUUGUUUGUAUGGAUAGGGUUUCCCUCUGCUUUUUAAAUAUUUUGACACUGGCUAGUCUUCUGGCUACUGAGUGUAAGAGUGCCUCCCCCUUGUACUUUCUCCCCUCCUACUCUUCAUCAACAGGUCCGACAUCCUGAGGAACAGGUAUCUUGUCUCAAUGCUUCUGUCUUCAGAGGUUAGAUACUGAUUUCUCAUGUCAAAGAUCUGCAAUAAAUGUCUGCUUUCUUUCAUGAA